AUGGCGCGCACCAGCUUCCCCUUUCCCGCCUGCGCCUCCCAGCAGCAAAUCCGCGAUGUCUCCGCUCGCAUAUACUCCCAGGUGUUCGAAUCUCCCCGAACAAUAUUUCUCGACGCCGAAGCCCGCGGCCAGGGCAGCUGGCAAUUCUUCAUGGUCCCUCUCAGGCCUGGAGAUGUGGAGAUGAUGGAGGGAUUUGGGGCUCUCUCGCUCACCUGCCGCGCCCAGCAUGCCGCUGUUGUGGAGUUUCUGGGUGACGAGACCAUCUUCGAGCUGAAGAUCGCACCGCCCGGCGGACCCACCCUCACCUGCUCGCCCGAUCCCCACAACAUCAUCAAGAACAUGGCGAGGCUGGACAUCUGGCUGACGCCAGAGUCGAACACCCAUUCGCGGAGCGAUUGGGUGAUUGUGUUGAAGGUGCGGCGAGAUGGGAGGGUUCGCUCGUGCGAGGCGAGAAAGAUGAUGGGAGUGUUGGAGGGAGGCGAGUGGUGGACGGGGGAGCUGGCGUGGUUGAACCACGUCAAUCUGGCAGACGAGCAUGCGAGGGCUUGGGAGGUGGAGGGAGAGAGCAGCGAGGAGGAUGAGAGUGAUGUGGAGAUGGGAGAGGGAGAGGAGCAGCCAAGUGGCGACGAGAAGACGCUUUCGGGAGAAGAUGAGGACGAGGAAGACGAGGAGAUGGCCGAGGGUGGCUCAGGGAGCAGCGAAGGGAGCGAGAUGAGCGUGGAUGUUUAG